AUGAUGGCUUUCAUCGAUCAAGAAGCGCGAGAGAAAGUUGAAGAAAUUGAUGCUAAGGCUGAGGAAGAGUUUCAAAUUGAAAAAUCCCGGCUUGUCCAGAACCAGAGGCUUAAACUUAUGGAGUAUUACACACGAAAGGAGAAGCAGAUAGAGUUGACCAAAAAGAUACAAGAUUCGAACUUAAAAAAUCAGUCUAGGCUCAAAGUUUUAGAAAGCCGUGAAGCUCAUAUUAAGAUGCUUUUAGAUGAGACGAAGCUCCGUUUGAUCGAAUUAUCUAAAGACCAACAACGUUAUCAGUCUUGCCUCAGCGGUCUAAUAACUCAGUGUCUUUUCCAACUUUUGGAGCCUGAAGUCGUUGUCAAAUGCCGCAAGAUGGAUCGCGAGCUUGUUCAGUCCUUGCUCCCAUCGUGUGUGGCUGAGUAUCAAAAGAAGACAGGCAGCAAAUGCUCCGUUGCUAUUUCCAACGAAUAUUUGUCGGAUGAUUGCGCUGGUGGUAUCGAGAUGUCCAACAAAAAUGGCCGCAUUAAGACGGUGAACACGCUGGAAAGCAGAUUGGAACAAGUUAGCGAGCAAUUGAUGCCUCGGCUCCGUGAAAUAUUGUUUGGAGUGAACACCAGUCGGAAGUUCCGUGACUAA